ACUGCAAUUAGAAGGCCUCAUGUUAAUGUUACUACUUAGCUUCGGCUGGUGGAGGUCCUGACGAACCAAGUCCAGAUAAAGCGUCCAGGGUUCAAAAAAUUGAAUGAAAAAAGUCGAGCGAGGGGAAAAAAAUUAAAAUAUAAACGGCCAUUAAAAAGUAAAAACCGUAAAAUUGGCAGGUAGCAAAGUAAGGUAAGCAACAAACCGCACGUAAACAAGUUGUGACCGGAAAAGACAGUGUAUUGGUGUAUACUGACUUCUAAUCCCCACUGAUACGUAUCAAACUAGUGUAGUGGCAUUCCAUUUUCAGUCCGCGCGUUGGCGACGCACUUCGCUCCUUCCUGAAUCAAGAUGUGCUCCGCCCAAAUGGUCCUCAUCAUUUUGAUUGGCAUUGCCACCAUUGAAACUGUGACUGGUUUUAGUGGUGGUGGUGUUGCCAUGUCCUGUGACACAAUGUUGCCCCAACAUGGUUCUCCCACACCUGAGAGUGGUCCGUUUAGUGUCCCUAAACAUUUCUGUUCCAGUGAUGCAGGAGAUGAGACUAUAGUGUCACUCAAAGCUGGUCCUGCCACGACGUUUAAAGGGUUUCUGUUGGAGGCUAGGGAACAGGAUGGACCUCCUGCUGGCACCUUCACUCUGCUCACUCCCGCUCAUAGCCGCCUUCUUCAGUGCGGUGGGAAUCCAGCAGCUGCUGUUACCCAACCAAACAACCAAGCCAAGACAUUCAUCGAAGCCAAGUGGAGAGCACCAUACAAAGGAGUUUUCUAUUUCAGAGUCACAUUUAUUAAAGACAUGAUGAAAUUCUGGAUACCAGAGGCCAUUAACAUCACCACCUGUCCUACUACUUCUACUACUACUGUCACUCCUACUACUAUCACUACUUCUACUACUGCUGUCACUCCUACUACUAUCACUACUUCUACUGUCACUCCUACUACUAUCACUACUUCUACCAUCACUCCUCCUACUACUCCUGCUAUCACGCCUCCUACUAUCACUACUCCUACUAUCACUACUCCUACUCCUGCUCUGCACACAUCUGCACCCUCUACGUGUAUGCUUAUUAGCGCUCUCAUUCGGCCUUCACUCUUGGUCAUGAGUCUUCCAAAAGGCCAGACACUUUGGCAUAAGUUGUUCAAGAAGUUGUUGUGUCCUCUCUCAAUGGUUGCAGCCAUCAUUGCCUUUAUUUUGUUGCUGCUAUGGGAGCCAAUACAAAUAACUCUUGUGGCUGUUGUUGGUGUGGCAAUGGUCCUGAGCUUGGGACAAACGAUUGUUGUUUUUCUACCCUUUGGGCCCAGCCAUGAAAUGAGGUCCAUCUGUGAUUUGGUUCUCAGAGUGAUUGCCUUCACAACUGAGGUUUUUACCAUGGCGGCCAUAUUUGUGGGUCUGGAGGAAAUUGAGAAGUGCUGCUCGAUACACUGGCGCAUGAAAGUGAUGGGAGGGUAUACAGCCUGGGUGGCUCUGUUUUACUUGAUGUUCAUAUACCUCUGUUGCAACCGGAGUUACCAGAGGAAAACCAAUUUUUACUUUUCAUCUGGCCUAUCUAAGGAAAUGCAGGAAUUGAUGACAAAUGGAUUGUGCCAAAGAGAACGACACUCUCUUUUGAAAAAAUCCUCAAAGUUAUCCUCGUUCUGGGCAACUUGGGUUUUACAGUGGCUCUUAUCAUUGGAAUAUAUACUUAUGAGACAUGAGGACGGUGUAAAGCAAUGGGGUUUGCGUCAUUACAUUAAAACAUGUAUUAUGGCAGUAGGUUUAUACUGUAGAUAUGUGUUAUCCACUUGGUAACAUACUGUAUGUCACACAUGCACUUUAACCCUUGUUUAUCAUUCUUUAUUUUUGGUUUGGGUUACAAUACACGUUUAUACUGUAUCAUGAAUACUUAGAUGUUUUACUAUAGCUACAUUUCCAUCCAUAUGGCGACAGAUUUUCAUGCGAAUAUUCUAAAAUCCACAUAGAACAAUACGCUCAUUUUCCCACCAGAGUUGUUUUCAUCAAAUUGACUUGUUGCACAUAAAAUGAUGUGUGUGAUGACGUAGUGCACGUAAAAAUACAUUUUGCGGUUAAAUUCCCAUGUACCGAAUAAAAAAUACAAGUUAAAUGGGUUUCAAUUGCAUUUUCAACUCUACUAAUGAUUUUCUCACCCAAAACUGUAUGUUAUAUAGCAAGUGUGCACUCUGGUAUUGGCAAUGUGCUCUAGUCAACAGCGCACAGAUUUAGUGCACUGUUGGCUAGAGCACACAUAUAGCCUAUACAUCAAGGGUACUACGAGGUCCGGAGCCUGCUGGUUUUCUGUUCUACCUGAUAAUUAAUUGCAAAUACCUACAUUAGGGACGCUUGUGGCAGCUCCCUUCUGAUUGAUGAGGAUUUUCAUAAGCCUUCCAUAAGCUUCUCACAAUAAGUUGGGUGAAUUUUGGCCCAUUCCUCCUGACAGAGCUGGUGUAACUGAGUCAGGUUUGUAGGCCUCCUUGCAGCACACGCUUUCUCAGUUCUGCCUACAAAUGUUCUAUGGGACUGAGGUCAGGGCUUUGUGAUGGUGUUACAGGAAUUAUAUUCCUCUAUGUUUUAAUACCCAAUUAAAAUUAAACACUGUCAAUUCCUAA